AAAUUGUUUGAGAACCAGACUGCCUUCUACUUUCAUUUUCGAAAAAUUGGAAAACACAUAAUUUGUGCAUUUUUUUUAUCUGACAAAGAACUGUUGAUGCUAUUUCUUGAAUAGACAGUAUGGCAUCUGGAGAUGACAAAACAAAUCUGAAGAUACUUUGCAUUCAUGGAUAUAGACAAACUUCUCAAAGUUUCAGAGAAAGAACAGGAGCAUUCAGAAAAAUACCAAUUAUCAAGAAACACACAGAGUUAGUUUUUAUCACUGCUCCAAACCGAGUUCCAAGUCUGCACGCAGCAGAAGGGGAAGAAUCUAGCACAGACCAAGAUGACAGAGGCUGGUGGUUUUCCAAGGGAGAUAACACUUACAUGGCUCAAGAUUACACAGAUUGUAGUAAAGGAUUUGAUGAGUCAGUGGAACUUGUAAAGAAAACAUUUGAAGAAGAGGGUCCAUUUGAUGGUAUAUUGAGUUUCAGUCAAGGAGCUGCCUUUGCUUCAGUGUUAUGUGGACUAAGGGAACAAAAUCCUGAAUCAUUCAAGUUUGAUUUUGCAAUUUUGGUAGCUGGUUAUAAGAGCAGACAGUCAUCUCACCAGAGUUAUUACAGUGUACCUAUAUCUAUUCCAACAUUACAUGUAUAUGGAGAUACAGACAGAAUCAUACAAAAAGAAAUGAGUGAAGAUCUGUUGCAGUACUUCAUAGAGCCGAGGAUUUUACAGCAUGAUGGUGGACAUUUUAUACCAGCCAGUGCACCCCAGAAAAAAGUUUAUACAGAAUUCCUACAGGAAAUGUUGGACAGAAAACAAAACAAAUCCUGAUGACAGUUAGAUCUAGUCUUUUAAAAAUUGUACAGAUUUGAAUUACUGUAUUUAUUAAAGAAAUUAUAAGAUUA